CAAGAAGCAACAAAAACAAACACCUGAUACAAUUGUUUUUUUUCUUGCCCUGUACGUGUGUGUUAAUGUGUCGCCGACGACGACGGAGCGCGAGGGGGGAGAUAAACAUCGGAUUUUUCUCCACGGGGACCGUGGCCAGCAGCAACUUCCAGCGUUAUUUAGAACCCGGAGCGGCAUCGCAACACUAAAGCUGCCAACGAAUCCGUAGUAAAUCACACACUCACCUUCCCUGUGUUUCGUACGGUUCUGUCUCGCUGGGAUAGAUUUUCACAACCCCUCAACAUCGCUCAUUUUCCGGCCCCCCCCCCCCCCCCCCCUCCGUCCGUGCAGAUGUGUUUCUUCAGCAAGCCAUGAGUUCAGUACAUGCAAAAAUAGAAAACAUUUGCAGGCUCUGUUUGUCCGGCGAUGACACUUUGGAGUCUAUUUUUGGUGAUAGUGGAAGCGAUGCGCUUCAGACGAUAAUCUACGACUGCACAUCGAUUAGGAUACUACCAAAGCUGGGCCUUCCGUCAGCGAUUUGUGGUGAGUGCAAAUCGAAGGUCGAAAACUUUCAUCAGUUCCGCGAGCGGUGCCUACACAACGAUGAGUACCUGCGCACGACGCUACUGCUGGUGGCCGCCGCACACACGCAGCCAGACGAAGCGGACGAAGAUACGUACGGGGAAGAGAACGACAACGACGAUGACGACGAUGAGCAAGAGGAGGAGGAGGAGGACGUGAGUAUCAAGCUCGAGCCGGAGGUGCUGCUGGACGAGCAGAGCGAUAUCGAUCCCAAAGAGGCGGACGAAAAGGGCGACGAGGGCGACGAGCGGAUGCUCGUCGACCGAAACGACAACAAAAUCGAACGGUUCGCGCCGAACGAGCCGGACGGACCGGACGAGUGGGAUGAGGCCGGCUCGAACGAUCUCGAUUCGGUCGGCAACUCGUCGCUGGAAUCGUUCCACUUCCCGUACCUGUCGCCCGAUCCGGCAGUGUACGGGUCGCUGCUGAAGUGCGAGUACUGCUCGCUGGAGUUUUCCGUGCUCGAGCAGCUGAAGCGCCACAUCACCAGCCACAAGGAGGAGCGAAUCUUCCAGUGCCACUACUGCCCGAAAACGUUUCACUUUGCGAAGAACCUUAACAUGCACGUAGAGUACAUCCACUCGAAGGCGAAGUACACGCCGACGCAGGUGGCGAAAAUGAUUGCCCGCCAGCAGAUUCUAGUCCAUAGCAGUAGCAGUAACAAUAGCAGCGUGAGCCACAGCACGACCGGUGGGUUGAGCCCGCUGUCCUCGCCGCUGCUCGAUACGAGCGACUGUCUCAACAAUAACACGAUCGUGCCGCCGCCAGGCAGCGAUGGCGGUGGCGGAUGUGGGUUAAGCCUUAACAUCAAUCUGAACGGAAACACACCACCGUCCAGCACGAACGGUGCAGGACAGUCUUCGGUGUUGGGGCGCAACUUGAAACCGAUUCGUUUGCCCUCAUCGGCUGAAGGGCGGCGCGGAUCGUCCGUCGCGUCCGCCGAUCGACAGCAACAGCAGCAGCUGCAGCAUGAGUGCCACGUGUGCCACAAGAGCUAUGGCGAAUCGGCCGCCCUGCGGCAGCACAUGCUCGCCCACACCGGGGAAAAGCCGUACAAGUGUGAUAUCUGCUCGAAAUCGUUCUACAACGCCAGCACGCUGAAGACGCACCAGCGUAUCCAUAGCGACCAAAAUCCGUACCGGUGCGGCACGUGCACGAAGAUGUUCGACAAUGCGCGCAGCCUCGAGCUGCACCACCGCACGCAUACGGGCGAAAAGCCGUACGCGUGCGACGUGUGUCUGAAGAAGUUUUCCUGCUCGUCCAAUCUGAAGCGCCACCGGAAGCUGCACGAUCGUGACUAAAAGGAAAAGCGGAUGAUUGAACAUCCGACCGAACGUGGUUGCGUGUCGUUUGCGCAAUGCAACAGCACGCAAACCGUCAAGCGAACCGGCCUGGUCGAAAGCGCAUAGAAUUACGAGCUUAAUAUGAGCGUGUGUGUGCGUGUGUAUACAAGAGCAUUACUUCCGGUUGGUUUGUUAGUGGCCGGAAUGUACAUAUUUUUGUUUUUAAUUUUUAGGGUGCAAUCGCACCCCUUGGUGCUUCCGGUGCAGAGAAUCUCAGCAUAAAACACAACAUUGACUGUGCAUUUAUAUUUACAAAAAGAGGAAAA